AUGGGCAUUGACUAUCACGUCGCAUCGGGACUAGUAGCCGCUACUAGCGCCAGUUCAGAGGCAUCUGUGCCGUCGGGACCCUCGGUAAGGCAAACUCCGUCUCCCGAGCCGUCUGAGGCUGGUCCAGGAAUCGUCGUCGAGGUUUGCGUCGAUUCAGUCCAAUCAGCUUUAAAUGCCGUCGACGGGGGUGCGGACCGUCUAGAAUUGUGCGGUAAUCUAGGGCUCGGUGGAGGAACAACUCCCAGCAUGGGUCUCUAUAAACGAGUGCACAAGAUAGCUGAUGGAAUUCCGAUAAUGGUCAUGAUCAGGCCGCGCACGGGAGACUUCUUGUACUCGGAAUCUGAGCUCGAGGUGAUGAUUGAAGAUAUCCGCGCAUUCAAACGGCGAGGCGCACGAGGCGUCGUGUUUGGUGUCCUUACAAAGGAAGGCACAGUAGAUGUCGAACGCACUAAAGUCUUGGUAGAUGAAGCCCUCCCAAUGGAAGUUUGCUUUCACAGGGCGUUUGACAUGACCAGGGACGCUGAUGAAGCCUUGCGUGAUGUCUUGAGCAUUGGCGGCGUGUCUCGAAUACUCACAAGUGGUCACAAUGGCACUACUGCCCCGUCAUCUAUAACGACAUUAAAGUCCCUGUGCACGGAUAUAUCGACUUUGACCGCCGACCAACCAUUUCCAACGACCAUUCUACCCGGUUCGGGUGUCAAUCCGGACACUGUUGGGCCCCUGCUUCGGGAGCUGCUGGACGUCGGCGUUCGCGAGGUGCACCUGAGCGGUGGAAGCUGGCUCAAAAGUGACAUGAUUCACCGGCGCGAGGGAUUUGGCAUGGGUGUCGGCGGCGAGGGCGAGUGGGGGAUCUGGACGACUGACGAGACCAGAGUCCGGCAGGUGAGGGUGAUUGCAGAUACAAUGUGGUUUGAACGAGAACUAACGUCCCCUAUGCCCCCCUCGCCGCCCACGAAAGGGGCCGCGACGCGCCCGCCCAUCUGGUGGACCAACGGAAUCUUUUUUGUAGCGGUUCAUGUAGCUGCGGUGGUCGGGGCGUACAGGCGACCUCUCUGGACAGUCCCAUGGGCAACCAUCGCCUUAUCAUACGGCGCCUGGCAACUAGGGGAAUUCGGUAUAACCAUUGGCUAUCAUCGACUGUAUUCCCAUCGCGCCUUCAGGGCCAAUUUCAUCGUUCGGGCAGUCCUCGCUCUCUUAGGUGCUUCCGCGUUCCAGGGAUAUGCUGCCACGAGGGGCCUUUUCUACUCGCAUAUGGGCUGGAUAUUCUUCAAGCCCAACUACGGGAAAUUAGAGUUUGUUGAUCGCAAUGAUCUCGAUUCCGAUCCAGUGGUUCGUCUUCAGCAUAAAUACUACGUACCUUUGGCGCUCUCCUUGGGGCUGCUUCUCCCGACGGCCAUCGGUUCUCUAUGGAGAGAUUCGUUGGGCGCAUUCGUGUGGGCUGGCCUUGUCUCUAGAUUAGCCAUAUGGCAUUGCACUUUCCUUGUCAAUUCCCUUGCACACUGGGAAGGACUACAACCUUAUUCGGAUGAAGAUACUUCCAGAGGAAACCUAUUACUUGCCGUUCUUACCAGUGGUGAAGGAAACCACAAUUUCCAUGCAUUCCCCCACGAUUACCGCUCGGGGCCCUCUAUCCUAGACUGGGACCCGUCAAAAUGGGUAAUCAUUCUACUCCACCAGCUUGGGCUUGUUCGCGGACUGCGACGCGCCAGAAAAGACGACCUCAUAGAAGCUCUAGAAUAUAUGCAACACAAAAAUGAAUCCGAGUCCUCACAACCCGAGGAGUGGGUUGGUGAAACAUGGACUAUCGACCAAGUUACGGAAUACGCGGUGAAGCACGAGCGGCGUUGUAUUUUGGUCGUUAACGGCUAUGCUGUCGAUGUCACGUCUUACCUUGGCGAGCAUCCUGGUGGUGCAUCCUUACUCCGCAAAUGCGCCGUGAAGAAGCGGAGCAAUCAAGUACACGACGCGUCGUGGGCCUUUAGUGGUGGCUUGAACAAUCAUUCACGCGCUGCUCGCAAACGACUAGUGACACUCGCGCUCGCGAGAUUAGUUGACAAUAAUCCUACCAUAUAG